UCUAACCAUCUUCUACUCCACCCUUCGCCGCCACCACCACUCUUUAGACAUAACAAUCUUCUCCUCCACCACAACCACGAACAUUCUCUAGAUCUAACUAUCUUCUCCUCCACCCACUGUUGCCCGCCACUCUCUUGAUAUUUUUGCCCUCAUAAUUGUGAGCCAUCGUCUAUGUUUUCCUCUUAGGUCGGAUCUGUGGUAUUCCAAGGCACCUACACGCUGCACCAUUCGCGUAUUCUCGACGAACCACAGUCGCUUCCCAACUAUUAGGCCAUGCUCCAUUUACAUCUCGAACUAAUACGACGAGAUCCAAAGUCAAAGGAUUCUGCGAAAAUCUCAUUAUUCAAGUGCGGUAAGUGUGUUAAGAUGCCACUUUUGAAACGGAGAAGACGAGGUCUAAAAUCCAAGGCUUCUAUGAAAAUCUCAUUGUUCAAGUGCAGUAAGUGCGUUAAGACUCCACUUUUGGAACGGAGAAGACGAGAUCCAAAAUCAAUGGUUUCCGUGAAAAUCUCAUUGUUCAAGUGUAGUAAGUCCAUUAUGAUGCCACCUUUGGAGUGGACAAGAAGAAAUCUAGAAUCAAAGGCUUCUGCAAAAAUCUCAUUGUUCAAGUGCAGUAAGUGCGUUAAGAUACCACUUUUGGAACGGAGAAGAUGAGGUCUAAAUUCAAAGGCUUCCGUGAAAAUCACAUUGUUCAAGUGUAGUAUGUGCUUUAAGAUGCCACUUUUGGAAUGGAGAAUACGAUAUCUAAAGUCAAAGGUUUUUUCCGCACAAGGUCCUCAGACAAGUAAUCAUGGAAAAGAAAGGCAUGGCAAAACCAUUGAUGAAGAAGGCAGCAGAGUCAGCUGCAAUUACUGCGGUGAGGUGGUUUGUAGUUACAACCGUCUAGAGCAACAUGUAGCAGGCAUCAAGGGCAAUGUUCGUCCAUGCAACCUAGUACCGGACAGUGUCAGGACAAGCUUAAGGAGUUCACUUGUGGAUUGCAAGAAAGAUCAGAUGCUCGGAAAAACGAAGAGACUGAAGCAAAAACAUGAUGAGGUUCCUCACACAAACCCAGCCCUUCCAUCUCCUCAAGUCCAGCAACCACAGCUACAACCAACUGUGUCCAAUAACAACUGCUGCUUUGUUCAUUAUCAACCGGAUCUGACGCAGGCCGAGGAUAUCACGUAUAGUUCUUGUCAACCGAAACCCAAGGUUGAGACAAGUGAUUAUUUCGAUUCUCAGUCAGCAAAGUCAAUAGGCAAGUUCUUCUCCGAAGCUGCACCUGAGCCUGGUGUUCUCCAUUUAUCAUCUUUGAAGGAGAUGGUUGUGUUUUCCCAUGGGCCCGGGGCUGUAAUGCCUACGUACGAAGCUGUUCUGCAGGAGCAACUAAGAGAAACUGAGAACCGCACAAAGGAACUCAAGCAAGAGUGGCAAACAAGUGGCUGCACUGUAAUUGUGCAUAGUUGGAAGAGCAAGUGUACCAAAAGCUUCGUAAGUGUCCUGGUGCACUGCAGCAAAGGUACGCUGUUCCUCAGAUCCAUUGACGUCUCUGAAAUCACUGAGGACUUUGAUGAGCUAGAAUCAAUGCUUUCUCGCGUGGUUGAAGAUGUUGGUGCUCAUAACAUUGUUCAGAUUGUCAUGAAUGACGUGUCACCCCAUAUGCAGAUGGCACGGCAGUAUGUGCUAGAUAAAUAUGAUAGUUUUUUCUUCACACUAUGUGCUGACCAUUGCAUCAACCUUCUGCUUGAGAAAAUAGCAGCGCUCAAGCAUGUGAGUGAAGUCCUAAUGAAGGCAAGGGAAAUUACAUGGUUUUUAUAUGACCAUGCACUGCCAAUGAAACUGAAAGGAAGGUAUGUUCAGGAGGAGAUUUUGAGCAGUUCUUAUUUAAAAUUUGUGGCAAUGUUCAUCACAUUAGAGAGGUUAGUUUCUGCAAGAGUAGAUCUGGUGCAGAUGUUAAACUCGCCUGUAUGGGUUUCCUCUGGUUGGGCUUGUCUUGACUUGUUCAAGCGUAUCCAGAGCAUAGUAAAGACAGAUGAUGAAUUUUGGAAUGCUGCUGCAGAAGUUGUCAAGGUUACAGACCCACUUGUCAGUGUGUUGUAUAAACUGGAAUAUGAUAUCUGUCCGAUGGGUAUCUUGUAUGAAGCCAUGGAUAGAGCAAAAGAAGAGAUAUCUCUCAAUAUCAGAGAUGAAAGUGACUCUUAUUGGUGUAUGAUUGACAGGAUAUGGGAUGAUUACUUGCAUACUCCUCUCCAUGCUGCUGGUCAGAUGCUAAACCCAAGGAUCUUUUACACAGCUGGAUUCCAGCCUGAUACUGAGAUCAGCAGCGGCAUCGCGGCCUGUACAAUCCAACUGGGCAAGGCUCAUUACAAUGCCAGAAAAGCGUCUGCACAAUUGAAAGUGUAUGAGAAGAAGUUGGGCUAUUUCGACACAGAUCCAGCAAUGCAGCAAAUCAUGGAAUUACCACAAGUUGAAUGGUGGUUGACGCACGGGGCUCGCGUGCCCGACCUGCAGACCCUGGCGAGGCGUGUCCUGAGCCAGACGUGCUUCGGCGCCACCAGGUACAACAUCGACUGGAGCCUGUCGGAGAAGCUGCACGCCGAGUGGGACGAGAUGAUGCUGCCCGAGCAGGAGAGGUUCCGGCAGAAGGAGUACGUCCACUACAACCGCGUCCUCGCCCGCGCCGCCCCGCUCCUGCAUGGCUCCUCCGUGAAGCAGCACGACAGGGUCACCUUGGUGCUGCACGACUGGAUCAGGCCACAGAAACCGGCCGCUGGGUCGCCACUGACUGAGUGACGGCCUUCAGUUGUGCCUGGAGCGAUGCUUUCGCCUCUCCUCCGUUUAGUAUUUGUAUGUGUGUGUAUGCUGCUGUAAUCCUGUGCAGCAGUAAUAAUCUGUCGGAUGCUCACUAGUGGCAUUCCCUUUGGUACUGUCGUGGUCUGCUGAAUCUCCCGGGUUUUUAUUUCUUGAACUCCUGCUGGAUUGCCAAGUUAGUUAUGUUGUUGAAACCCUACUGAAUUUCCAAGUCAUUAUUUGUA